AAUCAUGAAUAUAAUUUAAUUUUUCAAUUAAAGUGUAGCAUUAAAGUGGAGAAUGCUUAUCGUUUCACUAACAAUACAGUUUUUCGCCUCUUAACCCUUUCGAUUUGAAUUUGAAAACCAUAACAAAUCAUGUUGACGAGGUCUGCUACAUCUCAUCUUCUUGCUCCAACGCUAAUGCCUCCUCCUCUCCGGCUAGCUAAAUCAGAAAGUUGCAGAAUUUUCAGUAUUAAGGGAAGAAAGUGGGCCCAACAAACCAAAAUCUCAUCUUCAUCAUCAGAGAAUCAAACGGUCACUGUUGUUUCAUCACCGAAAAGCAAAGAUGAAGAUGAUUACUCUGCAUCAGAGGUAGUGAAGAGCUUUUAUCAAGGAAUCAACGAUCACGAUCUCUCCUUUGUAGAGAAGCUCAUUGCAGAGAAUUGUGUGUACGAGGACCUCAUCUAUCCUCGUCCUUUCGUUGGUCGCAAGGCAAUACUGGAGUUCUUCAAGAAGUUCAAUGAUUCUAUCAGCAAAGACCUCCAAUUUGUUAUUGAUGAUAUAUCUGCUGAGGAUUCAUUAGCAGUUGGUGUCACGUGGCAUUUAGAAUGGAAGGGGAAACCAUUCCCAUUUAGCAAAGGAUGCAGCUUUUAUCGGCUAGAGGUCAUAAACAACAAAAGACAAAUAAUUUAUGGGCGUGACAGUGUUGAGCCUGCAAUCAAGCCUGGAGAUGCAGCUUUGGUUAUCAUACAAGGUGUAGCUUGGUUACUGCAACGUUUUCCUCAGCUGGCAAAUAUGCUAUGAUGUGAUGUAAAUCGAGUUAAAUUCACCUUUUAUUGAAACUUUUAUCAUAUGCCAUCGACAUUUAUAUGUACAUGGGUUCACUUGUAUGUUUAUAAAGGGAAUUGAGUGAUAAGAAUUUUGAAAUUUCUAAAGAUCUCA